AUGUGCUCUUCAACAGUAGAAGAUCAACUUUCAUUGAGCGAUAUUAUUAUGCCAUAUGUUUAUACUCGAGUACUACUCGUAUACGAUUAUCUUAUUGAGGACUUGGAACAAUCAUUCAAUGAAUAUCUUCAUCGAUUCUGUCCACAAGCAUUUAAACGAAUUAUUAAUGAUGACUGUGAGCGAACUCGUGGACAUAUUGUUGAUUAUGAAAAUGGGCAAAAACGGCAAGUAUUCUCACGUGAAUCGAGGUCAGAUGAAAGUAUAACCAAAUAUUUGAGCGAUGAUUCAUUGAAUGACGAUGUAUUUCCCUGUGGUAUGAUACCAACAGAUGUAUCACCUUUAAUUUUCAUGCAUCAAAUUAGUCUACAAGACGGAAGUCUACUAGCAAUAGGUUGCCAUCAUUAUCUAUCGGAUGGUCAUGGAUUGAGUAUAUUGGGUCUACGAUUUUCACAAUGGCUCAAAGACAAACAUUCCUUAGCGUUUGAUCAUGAUCGAUCGAAACUUCAACAACUUGCUAGUUUAUCUUCUAUUCGAUAUGAGCAUUCAGAAAUGAGUCUCGCCAUACCUAUCAUCCCUGGUUUAUACAAAUGGCCUCUAUCAGAUACAGUUGUUAAACGUUAUACGAAAAACUAUCUUUUCGAUCGAUUGAAUGUAACGAAUAACAAUGGAAUACUUUCAAUGAAUGAUGUACUGAUGGGAUGGUUAACAAAGAUAAUAAGUCAAAUUCGACAAGUUUCUCGUCAGACAACAGUUAAAAUCGGUAUGGCUUUGAAUGGCCGAACUCUUUUGCCGAAUAUCGAUGUCAAUUAUUUUGCAUUGGCUUUCAUUGAUAAACAUCAUCGUUCGUCACUGAUUCAUCUUGGUUGGCAACCCAUCGGAGGCAAUGAUCUAUCGUUUAGUAAUUGGACACGAUUUCCUAUUUACAAAUGUGAUUUUGGUCAAGGUAGAGCGAAAAAUUUUAAAUUCUCUUCAAUGGAGUGCGAUGGUCUUAUUUUUAUUUUACCAACAAUGACGGAUGACGAAAUCGAACUUCAUAUUACUCUUCAAGCCGAGCAUGCAAAAUUACUUCUUAGCAAACUUGUUUAA